AUGCAACUUCAUAGCCUUUGCAUUGUUUUACCACAAAAUUCGGGUGAAAUAAUGAAACAACAACAUGAAAAAGGUUUCCAACAGCAGCAACAACCUAAGUCUAGAAACCCUUCAAGUGCUUGUGGUGGUGGAGGACAACAUGUUCUUGAUUUGCUUCAUGAUUCUUUGAGCAAGUUAUGUAGCUCAAGGUGGUGGGGAGGUGCAAAAAGAAUUUGCAGACAUAAGGGGCUGCAAAAAGCAAAAAAGAAAAACUCUUCAAGAGGUUCUUCUACUACUAUGUUUCAUGACAUGGAUGGUGUUCAAUUUGCUGUCAAAAUUGGAAGAGACAAUCCAAGGAUUUUCAGCUAUGCAGAACUUUUCAUAGGUUCUAAUGGUUUCAGUGAAGAACAAGUUCUAGGAAGUGGAGGCUUUGGAAAAGUGUACAAAGCACUUUUGCCAAGUGAUGGAACUUUGGUUGCUGUGAAAUGCUGUUUAUCAGAGAAAGGUAAACAGUUUGACAAGAGUUUUUUAGCCGAGUUAUCGGCCGUAGCCGAUCUUCGUCACAAGAAUCUCGUCAGGUUGAGAGGCUGGUGUGUUCAUGAAGAUCAACUUCAUCUUGUUUAUGAUUACAUGCCGAAUCGAAGCCUUGAUCGCGUGCUUUUUCGACGGAAGGAGAUUUCGAAAGGCGAGAUUCUUGGUUGGGGACAGAGAUGUAGGAUUGUUAAAGGUUUGGCUGCUGCAUUGUAUUAUCUACAUGAACAGUUGGAGACUCAAAUCAUUCAUAGAGAUGUGAAAACAAGUAAUGUUAUGCUUGAUUCGCAUUACAAUGCUAAGUUAGGCGAUUUCGGAAUGGCGAGGUGGUUGGAACAUGAACUUGAGUAUGAGUUUAAGUACAAUUAUAACAGCAGCAGCAGUAGCAAUAAGAAAACUUCGAGUAGAAUCGAUCAUUUCAAGCUCGGGGAAACAUCGAAAAUUGGUGGAACAAUUGGUUAUCUUCCACCAGAAAGCUUGCAAAAACCGAGCAAUGGUACAUCGAAAUGCGAUGUUUUUAGCUUUGGGAUUGUUGUGCUUGAAAUUGUAUCUGGUAGAAGAGCAAUAGAUCUAGCAUAUUCUGAUGAGAAAAUCAUUCUGCUUGAUUGGAUUCGAAGGCUUAGCGACGAAGGGAAGCUUCUAGAAGCAGCUGAUACUAGGCUACAAAAAGAUGGAUCAUCAUCGUCAGCAUCAUCAUUCAAUUUUUCUGAGAUGAAGCAUUUCAUUCAUAUAGGUCUUCUUUGCACACUUCAUGAUCCGAAUUUGAGGCCUAAUAUGAAAUGGGUUGUGGAAGCACUUUCUGAUUUAAGUUUCAAACUUCCUUCACUUCCUUCAUUUCUGUCACACCCUCUUUAUAUCUCUUUGUCUUCACCUUCUGAGACUACUAGUCCUAGUAGCACGAGCGGCACGAUCUCAGCCUCGGCCGUAGAAAGCGUAAGCUUAGUCACAAAUUAUAAUAGUUCAACAAACUAUUUCACAGCUGCAGGUGAAACAGUUUAUGUGACAGCAGAAAACAAAAACACCGGAAUCGUUUCUUCGAAGAGCAUGAAUCGGAAUCAUCACAGGCCGAACUUUCCGGUGGUUGAAACUCCUAGGGAAAUUUCGUACAAAGAGAUUGUCUGUGCUACAAGAAACUUCUCAGAGUCAAGAAGGGUAGCUGAACUAGACUUUGGGACUGCUUAUCAUGGAAUCCUGGACGAUGAUUGUCAUGUUUUGGUGAAAAGGUUGGGAAUGAAGACGUGUCCUGCGCUGCGCGUUCGAUUCUCGGACGAGCUCAGAAAUCUAGGAAAGCUUAGGCAUCGGAAUUUGGUUCAGCUUCGCGGAUGGUGUACCGAACAAGGGGAGAUGCUCGUGGUUUAUGAUUACUCCGCCAGUAGAAUUCUCAGUCAACAACUUCUCCAAAUUCAUAACAAAGGCGAGAAUGGUUCGGUACUCGAAUGGAAUCAUAGGUACAACAUAGUCAAAUCGCUUGCUUCUGCUGUUCAUUACCUACAUGAAGAAUGGGACGAACAAGUGAUUCACCGAAACAUCACUUCUUCUGCUGUGAUUCUCGAGCAAGAUAUGAAUCCAAGACUUACCAGUUUUGCUCUAGCCGAAUUUUUAUCAAGAAACGAGCAUGGAAACCAUCAUGUAGUCAACGACCGAAGCAAAUCCGUUCGAGGGAUUUUCGGUUACAUGUCUCCAGAAUACGUGGAAACGGGCGAAGCAACCACGGCUGCCGAUGUUUAUAGUUUCGGUGUAGUGGUGCUUGAAGUUGUAAGUGGACAAAUGGCAGUGGAUUUUCGGUACCAAGAGGUUCUUUUGGUGAAGAAAGUUCAUGAGUUUGUGAUGAAGAAAAGAUCAUUGAAGGAACUAGCUGAUGUAAGACUUAAUGGAGAGUAUAAUGAGAAAGAGUUGAUGAGGUUGGUGAGAUUAGGAAUUGUAUGUACAAGUUCUGAUCCUGAAUUGAGACCAAGCAUGAAACAAAUUGUGAGUAUUCUUGAUGGAAAUGAGAAAUUGUUGAACAUGAAAAAGAAGGAAAGUAGGGAGGAUUGGAGGGAAAGAAAUGGUAGUUCUUUGUCAAUGGUGAGGAGGAUUCAAGCUCUGGGGAUACAGUGA